AUGGGAUCAUCAGCCCUAGUCGUUGCGACUUUGGCUGUACUUCUGCUAACUGGGCAUACUACCGCAGAGACAGGAACCUGCUCGGAAACCAAGGACUGUGUAUCUGGAUGCUGCAGCACGAGCGGAUAUUGCGGUUUUGGUCCAACCUUUUGCGGGACAGGAAACUGCACAAGCACCUGUGAUGCUGUCGCCGAAUGUGGUCAAUACGCUCCAAGUGGUAGCUACGACUGUCCUCUCAACGUGUGCUGUUCGCAAUAUGGCUUCUGCGGCACGACCUCCGAAUUUUGUGGGACUGGAUGUGUAAAAGGAUGCGACGAAGUCAAGGAACCGUCAUGCUCAGGCUCUAGCAGUGAAGAGAGGGUGAUUGGUUACUAUGAAAGUUGGUCGUAUGGCCGCAAAUGCAACUCUUGGUCACCGGAAGAUAUCACUGUUGGUGUCUGGACUCACCUAAACUACGGAUUUGCCCUGAUUGGAUCUGAUUACCGCAUCUCCCAAAUGAACUCAUAUGAUGAGGAUUUGUACCCCCGAUUCACCAACUUGAAAUCAUCUUCACCUGGGCUUCAAGUAUUCAUUUCGGUCGGUGGAUGGGAUGCGGGUGGCUCUAUCUGGUCUGAUAUGGUGAGCACAGAGGCCAACCGCGCGACGUUUAUCGAUUCGGCAAUAUCGCUCAUGAAGACCUAUGGCUUUGACGGCAUUGACCUCGACUGGGAGUAUCCCGCUGCCAGUGAUCGUGGUGGAGUUGCUGCUGACACUGAUAACUUUGUCACUUUCUUGAAAGAGCUGAAAGUCGCCUGUGGCAGCAAAUAUGGAAUUUCCGCCACUUUACCAUCAUCAUACUGGUAUAUGCAGGGCUUUGAUGUUGUUGGUAUGGAGCCGUAUGUGGACUGGUUCAACUUUAUGAGUUAUGAUAUCCACGGCACAUGGGAUGGCGACAACCCGUAUACAUCUGCCGUUGUGCAGCCACACACUAACUUGACGGAAAUUACUCAGGGUCUCGACCUUCUAUGGCGAAACAAUAUCAGCCCUUCGAAGGUCGUUUUAGGAGAGGCUUUCUAUGGUCGCUCAUUCACGCUUUCCGACACCUCUUGUACUAAACCUGGCUGUCCAUUCAGUGGAGGUGGCACGGCUGGCAGAUGUACCGCGACAUCUGGUAUCCUCUCAAAAUCCGAGAUUCAGCAGAUUAUCUCUGACAAUGAUCUUACUCCCAUUCUGCUGAAAGAAGCGGCGGUCAAGUACAUCACUUGGGAUAAAGACCAAUGGGUGUCAUAUGACGAUGAAGAAACCCUCGAAAUGAAAAAGAAAUACGCGAAUGGUAAAUGCUUAGGUGGCCGCAUGGUCUGGGCUGUGGAUCUAGACGACGUGGACACAAAGGCAUCUGUGUCAGACCUCACCCUGUCAGGUCUUCGCUCCAUUGGUGAUGAUGUGACUAUCAACCGUCCGUAUGGGCUUCGCAAACUCGCCGCGACAAAGUCACAGAACAGUGUCAACCUCUUGGCAUACUGGUCUGACUGUGCGGCCGAGCCUCAAUGUGAGGCUGGUUAUACAUCUUGGACACAAGGACACGGAAAGGUAUUCGAUAUAGAUACUGGAGUCUACUCCGGAGACGGCUGCCACGGCGGUGGGAAUGGGUACAAUCGCGCUUUUUGUGUCGAAUCUGAUGUCCAGCUCAACAAUUGCUUCUGGGUUGGCAAACCAAAGGACUGCAAACAGACAUGUCCCUCUGGAAUGACACUUCUCACCCAGAACACGCAUAUAGCUGGGAUGAAAACUGGAUGCAAGAAUGGCCACUUCUCCAGUUUCUGCUGUGAAUCUAUUACGACCAACUACCUCAUCAACUGUGAACAAAAAAUUCUUGACAACCUACUCACGGGUGGGCUGGGUAUCCAGCACAGGCGGUUUGACUCCUUACUUGCUGACUUGCCCAAGCAAGCUGUACAGGAGUGCAUUGAUGAUGACAUGAACUCUCUUAGUGGGAUCCGUGCUGAAAAUUAUAUCAUGAAUAACGUCCCAGGAUACUAG